AGGGUGUGAGUGCACCGUGUGUAUAAAACUCCAGCAGGCAACUGGCAACUGGUCUCUGAGCCUACAGAAGGGAAAACAGGAAUCGCCUUGGAAUAAGGGAUUGCAAUUAAAUUUCCUUCUAAGGAAAAGUUCGGGACCUUCUCAUUUUGCUUCAUGAAAAUUAUGCUAUGAGUUAGCUUUUGCCAAAUGUCUAUUAAAUGGAUGAAAUGAGCCUCUUCACCCACGAUUUGACUUCAGCUGCAUCUUUCCUGUACAGCCAGUUCUUCCCCUGAGGCUGACUGACCUUGGAGUGUGGCCAGAAACCUACCGCCUGCAAUUAGAGUCAGAACUCUAACCACUGUUCUUUUUUUUUCUCUUCUGAGUGAUGGCGCUUACCAUCUUUAUCCUCCGGCUGGCUAUUUGCAUCCUGGCAUCUCCUAUGUACCUGCUGAACUUUCUGGGUUUGUGGAGCUGGAUAUGCCAACAAUGGUUCCCCUACUUCUUGAUGAAGUUCUCUGUGAUAUACAAUGAACAGAUGGCGAGCAAGAAGCGGGAGCUCUUCAGUAACCUGAAGGACUUUGUGGGCCCCUCUGGGGAGCUCUCCCUGCUGGAGGUAGGCUGUGGCACCGGGACCAACUUCAAGUUCUAUCCGCCUGGAAGCAGGGUGACCUGUAUUGACCCGAAUCCCAACUUUGAGAAGUUCUUGAUCAAGAGCAUUGCUGAGAACCAACACCUGCAGUUCGAGCGCUUCGUGGUGGCUGCUGGGGAGAACAUGCACCAGGUGGCUGACGGCUCCAUGGAUGUAGUGGUGUGCACCCUGGUCCUGUGCUCCGUGAAGAACCAGAAGCAGAUCCUCCAGGAGGUGUGCAGAGUGCUGAGGCCGGGAGGGGCUUUUUAUUUCAUGGAGCAUGUAGCAGCUGAGUAUUCAACCUGGAAUUACUUCUGGCAGCAGGUCCUGGAUCCUGCCUGGAACCUUCUGUUUGAUGGGUGCAACCUGACCAGAGAGAGCUGGAAGGCCCUGGAGCAGGCCAGCUUCUCCAAGCUGCAGCUGCGGCACCUACAGGCCCCUCUGUCCUGGCAGCUGAUACGCCCACACAUCUGUGGAUAUGCUGUGAAAUAGUGUGAGUGGGGAGCAGAGAGCUGAAUGAGUUGAAUAUUUUAAGGCUUCAGUUUUACACUUAAAAUAGUAGUUGGGAGAAGGGAGACUUUUUUUAGUUCAUCCCUAAAAGUUUAUGUUGUUCUAUUUAGCCUUUUUUAUUGUCUCCCAAAGAAUCUCAAACAAAAUGAAAAAAACAGCUUUGAACUCCCCCUUAAAAGGAAACAGUGGGCUUUCAUAAUUGAAGUCUACCAUUAUCCCCAAACCUUAGUUUAUUCAGUGACUUCAAAAUUUUUCCAACUAUCUUAUUUAAAUUGUUAUUCACAGAUUUUAAUCUCAUCCCCUCUUUGAGAGCUUGGCAUUAACAAGCAGUUAAAUCACUUGAAAGAAAACUUUGAAAAUGGAGACGUAAAAAGACCUUAAUACUUCAGAACUGAGUAAGGGAAUACUAACUAGCUGAAAAAUCCAAAUCUAAAUAGCACAGAUUUUCCAAAAAAGAAAUCUGAAUCUAUCUGCUGUCUUAGUAUCACUGGGCUGGCUUUCAAAGUAACAUAGGAGAAUGCCACACCCCGGCCUGCCCAGCUUUGUUGUGUCUUUCAUUACAUAUUCCACCAAAGUUUGUUUUCCUGCAUUCUGGUCUUCAGUUUUUAAGAUGAAGAUUGUACUUGGCACUUUAGCAUAUCCUAACAUAUCUGAGGCAGUUAAGGUUCUUGGGUUCAUUCCCCUCAUUAUCUAGCAUAUACUUUGCUGACCGUAGUAAAUUGCAGGCAAAGAAAGGUCCACUGUAAUUAAGAAAGCCUUGCAUAUUAGGUAUGCUAGGUAAGAGCCCCUAAACACCAGACAGACUGUGAGUCUGUAAAGUAGACAAGUAUUUUUUGGUUUUUUUCUGAUCAAAUUUCCAUUCCUGUUCCAAGAUGAUUUCUUUGUUCCUUGCAAUCAUGGGAAACUCUGAAAAUCACCACAAGUACUUUGAGAAUGAGGUUUAGGUUGGUCAGUCAGAGGGUUCCAGAAUAUUUUCAGCAGCAGUUUGCAGUAUUUUAAUAAGUUUAGUAUAUUUUCUAAGAUGAAUUUGCAAAGAUACUAUUUUAAACAUCAAAUCAAUAAAGUCAUAUGCAUUUUAGGAAUGAA